AUGGGCUUUCUUGCUGACGCAUUGGCGCGUGUUCAACCUUCUGCGACCAUCGCUGUCACCAACAAGGCACGCGAGCUAAAAGCUGCUGGCCGCGAUGUAAUCGGUCUCGGCGCUGGCGAGCCGGAUUUCGAUACCCCGGACAACAUCAAGACGGCGGCGAUCGCGGCGAUCAAUGACGGCAAGACCAAGUACACCGCUGUCGAUGGUAUUCCCGAACUCAAGGCCGCAAUCGCCGAGAAGUUUCAACGGGAAAACGGGCUCACCUACGCGACAAACCAGAUCACUGUGGGUACCGGCGGCAAGCAGGUGCUCUACAAUGCUCUCAUCGCGACGCUCAAUCCCGGUGAUGAGGUUAUCAUCCCGACACCCUACUGGGUCAGCUACCCGGACAUGGUGCUGCUUGCUGGCGGUGAGCCGGUUAUCGUCGAAGCAGACAAGUCUACUUUCAAGAUCACGCCUGAAGCGCUUGAUGCGGCGAUAACCUCGCGCACGAAAUGGCUGAUCUUCAAUUCGCCGUCCAACCCGUCCGGCGCGGCCUAUACCGAGGCAGAGCUGAAGGCCCUUACAGAUGUGCUUUCGAAGCAUCCGCAGGUCUGGAUCAUGACCGACGACAUGUACGAGCACCUGGUCUAUGACGACUUCAAGUUCACGACGCCUGCACAGGUCGAGCCGUCUCUUUACGAGCGCACGCUGACUGUCAACGGCGUCUCCAAGGCCUACGCUAUGACAGGUUGGCGGAUCGGUUACGCCGGCGGCCCUGCCGAUCUCAUCAAGGCAAUGGCAAAAGUUCAGUCCCAAUCGACCUCGAACCCUUGCUCCAUCGCCCAAUGGGCGGCAGUCGAAGCGCUUUCCGGUCCGCAGGAUUUCAUUCCGCGGAACAAUGAAGUCUUCAAGGAUCGCCGGGAUCUGGUCGUUUCCAUGCUGAACCAGGCAAAUGGCAUUACGUGCCCCGUGCCAGAAGGUGCCUUUUACGUGUUCCCGUCCUGCGCAGGCACGAUCGGCAAGACGGCGCCGUCCGGCAAGGUGAUCGAGGGCGAUGCGGACUUCGUGACCGAACUCCUGGAAACGGAAGGCGUUGCAGUCGUGCACGGGUCCGCGUUCGGUCUUGGUCCGAAUUUCCGGAUUUCCUACGCAACAUCCACCGAAGCCCUGGAAGAAGCCUGCACAAGGAUCCAGCGUUUCUGCGGAAACCUGAAAUAG